AUGAUUAUGGCCAGCGCCAAGGUCAAGGAGCAUGGACCUAAGCUUGAACCUGAUGGAGUUAAGGACUUAAAGCUUGAACCAGUGGAGCAGCUUGAACGUGAGGGAAGUAAGCUUGUAGCUGAGGAUGAGCUUGAACCGGAGCUUGUAGCUGAGGAAGCUUUAGCUGCACCAAUGGAAUUGGUUAUGGUGUCCGAGAAAGAAGAAGACGAGGAAACAAGCCGAGAAUCACCUCAAGCCUCAAUGAAGCCAUGCUUGAGAAGAUCAAGAAGAUGA